AUGAGUAAAGAAGAAAUAGAAGCCACUGAGUCAGCUGCUGAAGAAACCACACCAAAAAAGAGAACUAUGGAUGAAGCCACAGGUGAAGAAAUUGAAAUUGAUUUAAACCAAUCUGCUCCAUUAUCUAAAAAACAAAAACGUUUACUAAGAAAGGGGAAAUUAGAUCUUGCUAAAUUAGAGAAAAAAAAUCCAAAACCUAAACCUGCAAAUAUUGAAGAAACUGAAUCAAGUGAAGAAAAAGAGAAAAAACCUGAAAGAAUAGGUGUUUGGAUUGGUAAUUUAUCAUUUGAUACAACAAAAGAUGAUUUAAUUAGAUUCAUUACAAAUAAAACUACAGAUUUACCAGAAUUUUCCACAGAUUUAAAAGAAACAGAACCAUGUCAAAUUAAUGAAAAAGAUUUUGUUAGAAUAAAUUUACCAAUGCAACAUCAAAGUAAAAAAAUUAAAGGUUUUGCAUAUAUUGAUUUCCCAACUAAAAAUCAUCAAUCAUCAGUUAUUCAAUUAUCUGAACAACAUUUAAACGGUAGAAAUCUAUUAAUUAAGAAUAGUUCAUCAUUUGAAGGACGUCCAUCAAAAGAAGAUGCACCAUUAUCUAAAAAUCCACCAUCAAGAAUUUUAUUUGUUGGUAAUUUAUCAUUUGAUACAACUAAUGAAUUAUUAACUCAACAUUUCCAACAUUGUGGAGAUAUCAUCAAGAUUAGAAUGGCCACUUUUGAAGAUACUGGUAAAUGUAAAGGCUUUGCAUUUUUAGAUUUUAAAGAUGAAGAAGGUCCAACAAAAGCUUUAAAAGAUAAAAGUUGUAGAAAAUUGAUGCAAAGAAAUUUAAGAUUAGAAUAUGGUGAAGAUAGAAGUAAAAGAACCCCAAAGAAUUUAGUUAGAAAACCUGAACAACAGCAAGAAGAAUCAUCAUCAUCAUCAUAUAAUGAACCAACUAAUGCAGCUGCAGUGGAAACUUUUGAAAAACCUGCACCAGUUUACAGAGAAAGACAGAAUAAGCCAAAGAGAACCUUUAAUAACUCAGAUAGAAAACCGGAAAGACCUAAAUCCAGUGUGGCAUUAGCUGGAGCACAAAGACAAAGUGCAGCCAUUGUGAAAUCCACAGGUAAAAAGAUUACUUUUUAA